AUGGAAUCUGGAAGCUCUUCAGUAGUAGAAAAGUUCGUGGGAAAGGGAAUUGAAGCCGCUAAGGUUGCGCUGACGUGGUUCCUAGCGCUACCAAUCGCUCAGCAGGCAUCGCUGCUUAUCGCUGCGCCCUUCCUAUACGUGAUCACAUGGCAGAUACUGUACUCAAUGCGCCGCGACCGCGUGCCGCUGGUGUUCUACUGGAUCCCUUGGGUCGGUAGCGCGGUGUCUUACGGCAUGCGGCCAUACGAGUUCUUCGCGGAAUGCCAGAAGAAGUACGGUGAUGUUUUCUCAUUCAUGCUGCUGGGCCGCGUGAUGACCGUGUACCUGGGCCCUAAGGGCCACGAGUUCGUGCUGAACGCCAAGCUCGCGGACGUGUCCGCGGAAGCCGCGUACACACACUUGACCACGCCAGUGUUCGGCAAGGGCGUGAUCUACGAUUGUCCCAACUCACGUCUAAUGGAGCAGAAGAAGUUCGUCAAGGGCGCGCUGAGCACAGAUGCAUUCCGCUCGUACGUGCCUAUGAUCUCCGAGGAGAUCCUCCAGUACUUCCGCGACUCCAAGAACUUCGAAAUGAACAAGCACAACUCGGGCGCCAUCAAUGUCAUGGAGACACAGCCUGAGAUGACCAUUUUCACCGCCUCGCGCUCCCUGCUCGGCAAAGAAAUGCGCCAGAUGCUAAAUACCGACUUUGCCUACCUGUAUUCCGACCUAGACAAGGGCUUCAAGCCCAUCAACUUUGUCUUCUCGCACCUGCCCCUAGAGCACUACCGUAAGCGUGACCACGCUCAAAGGACCAUCUCUGGCACCUACAUGAAGCUCAUCCAGAAGAGAAAACAGAACAACGACAUCAAGGACAGAGACCUCAUUGACUCUCUACUAAAGAACUCCACUUACAAAGACGGUACCCCAAUGACCGACCAAGAGAUCGCUAACCUGCUGAUUGGUGUUUUGAUGGGUGGCCAGCACACCUCUGCUGCCACCUCUGCCUGGUUGCUUCUACAUUUGGCCGAGAGACCAGACUUGCAAGAAGAGCUGUACAAGGAACAGAUGGAGGUUCUCAACAACGGAAAGGACGAGCUGACCUACGAAGCCCUACAAAAGAUGCCACUGCUGAACCAGACCAUUAAGGAGACUCUGAGAAUGCACCACCCAUUGCACUCCAUCUUUCGUAGAGUUGAGAGAAACCUCUCUGUGCCUAAUACCCCCUAUGUCAUUCCUCGCGGUCACUUUGUUCUAGUAUCACCAGGUUACUGCCACUUGCAGGACGAGUACUUCCCUAAAGCAAACACUUUCGACCCCCACCGUUGGGACAACGACUACCAGUCCUCUUAUGCUACCGGCGAGGAAGUCGACUAUGGUUUCGGUAAGAUCUCCAAGGGUGUUUCGUCUCCUUACCUGCCAUUCGGUGGUGGAAGACACAGAUGCAUCGGUGAACACUUCGCUUAUUGCCAGCUUGGUGUCAUUUUGUCCACUUACAUUAGAACUGUGAAAUGGAAGUUUACACCAAACAUGCACGGGGUGCCAAAGCCAGAUUUCCAGAGUAUGGUCACCUUGCCAUUAUGCCCUGCAGAGGUUGAAUGGGAGAAGAGAAACCCUCAACAAACGCUUUAA